CUAAUUAGCAUGACAUUAUCAUCUGAUUAGCAAGGUGUUUAGAAAUUGAACUGCGCUGGCUGGGAGUUGAAACUUGUAACAGUGGUUGCAGUGUUAGCUGUGAGAGUGUAUUUCUACAAACCAACUCGAUCCACUUUUUGUAACCAUGCCUCCUAAAAGGACAGCUCCAAGUGAAGGCGAGCAAAAACAUGAUGCAAAAGUGGUUAAGCCGCUCAGAAGAUCUGAUAGAUUGGAAAAAAAUGCUGCUGCUGCAGCCGCCGCUGCUGCUGCUGCUGCAAAGGAAGAGUCCAAACCACAGAAACGUGCCAGGAAGCUUUCACCGAAACCCAAGAAACAGCCCAAAGGGAAGGAGAAGAAAAUAGCUAAGGAAGAAGUUGCGCCGGCUCAAAAUGGUGAAACAAAACCUGAUGAGAUCCAUGUCUCUCGACCCUCUGUUAGUGUCACUUCUUCAGCUAGAGGUACCCCACCCCACUCACUGUCGGUGAAAGGGCAGGUUGAGACAGUGGCAGUUAAGGGAACAGAAAACUGAAUCUGCAAGCGAUCAGAAUGACUGAAAGAUCUGCCAUUGUCUUCAGUUGAUUUUUAUGUACCACUUGUAGAAUUGAAAAUAUUUUUAUCAAGUAUUUUGUAAAUGCAAAUAUUUUUAGGAUUAGUGCACUUUAGAGUGUGUAUGCUGAAAGAUAUUGAGAAAACCUGAACAUCUUUAGGAAAUUGUGAUAUUUGUAACUUACUGUGCAAAAGAACAAUGAUUUUACAAUUGGAAAGAUUUUACAUUGUUUUCUCUUGAUAACUUGGAUACGUGUUCCGUGGGCUUUUAAGCUUCUGAAAUGUUGGCUUUACUGCUUAACGUGAUUUCAGUUCCACAUUUCAAUCUUAGUUUCACUUUAUGAAUGUUUUUGUAAAGCAAUAAAUCAGUGGUGAAUUGUGCUAAAAUUGACAUGGGUGAGUGACGAUGUGACCACCAGCUUGGUUUGUGAUGUCCACUUUGUAAUAAACAGUUCUCCUGUUUAUUAUAGAA